UGUGUGUUUAGAUGUGGAGUGAAGGCUUGUGUCAACUUGAGGCAAAUAGGCCUGACAACCAUCACCACACACAAAUAAACAUUUCAAUCUCCAUCUGUUUCAGAGAUGGUUUUUCUGUUAGUUUGCUGUGUCUGUGCUGAUGUGUGUGUGUGUGUGUGUGUGUGUGUGUGUGUGUGUGUAAGAGUGGAAAAGGCGAAAACUGCUGCAGACUGCAAGUGUUCCCUUCCUUCUGUGAAGCAAUCAAAGAUCAUUUCAUAUAUGUACAUUUACAUUUACAUUUACAGCAUUUGGCAGACGCCCUUAUCCAGAGCGACGUACAUAAGUGCUUCUAAAAUAUCUAACAUUGGAUACAUUAAUGCUGUCUCACUAGGUUACAUACUUAAGAUACCAUGAGUUUAAAACAAUGUUCAAAGUUACAAUGAAAAAGUGUCAAAGGUUUUUUUUUUAUAAAUGCAAAAGAUAGGGAAAGUUACUAGUUAAAGUGUUUCCUGAAUAAGUAGGUCUUCAACCGCCGUUUGAAAAUAGCCAGUGACUCAGCUGUCCAGACCUCUAGGGGAAGUUCAUUCCACCACCUUGGUGCCAGAACCGAGAAGAGUCUUGUAGUAUACUUGCCUCUUACCCUGAGAGAUGGUGGAACCAGUUGAGCAGUGCUGGUAGAUUGGAGGGUGCGAGGUGCAGUGCGAGGAGUGAUGAGGGCUUUGAGGUAAGAGGGAGCUGGUCCAUUUUUGGCUUUGUAGGCCAGCAUCAGUGUGUUGAAUCUGAUGCAUGCAGCUACCGGAAGCCAGUGGAGGGAUUGCAGCAGCGGGGUGGUAUGCAAGAACUUUGGCAGGUUGAAAACAAGUCGUGCAGCUGCAUUUGGGAUCAUGUGCAGAGGACGAAUUGCCUUCAUAGGUAGACCUGCCAGCAGUGCAUUGCAGUAAUCCAGUCUAGAAAUGACAAGAGACUGAACAAGUACCUGAGAAGCCUGUGUGGAUGAAAAUGGCCGAAUCCUUCUAAUGUUGUAGAGAAGGAACCGACAUGAGCGAGUCACAUUAGCAACAUGAGAGGAAAAGGACAGUUGAUUGUCCAUGGUUACCCAAAGGUCAUAUAAAUAGUGUAGUAUAAACUUUGGCUAUUGAUGAAUCCAAAUGAUUUUAUUUGUAUUUCCUUAUCAUGAACUUAGCAUGAAGACCUAGAUAGUUAAAGUUUGUCAUGACAAAUGUUAAUGUCAGCUUGACAACUUUUUUGUCAGCUUAUAAAUAAACUGAAGUAAGAAGACUUCUGUGCUGCUGGUAGAUUGAUAAGGAAUCUGUGUGGCAUUGAAAGGAAUGUAGAUGGAGGUUUACGCUGACGAGAGAACAUCAAAUGGAAAAAGGUGUGGAAUCUGAGCAAGGCAAUGAGGGAGCUUUCCAAGGAGAAAGAAGAAAGAUAAUCCAGCCGUCGUCUUUAAAUGAUCCGAAACUGGUAAAGCUCAAAGAGGUGCUGGUAGAAUGGAUCAACAGUACUCUGAAGCCAGAACACAUUGUGAUCCAGAAUCUGGAGGAAGACAUCUAUGAUGGACUUGUGAUUCAUCACCUACUGGGCAGGUUAGGAGGAGUGCAUUUAGCGGCUGAGGAGAUCGCAUUAACCAGUACUGCCCAGAUGUCCAAACUGGAGAUGAUUCUUCAGGCCCUCAACAAGGAGCUAGGGCUUGUUGAUGAAGUUAAAUGGUGUGCCAAACUCAUCCACAGUCGAGACCUGCUGGCGACUCUGCAUCUGUUGGUGGCCAUGGUGAAGCACUACCAGCCUGAACUGGCCCUUCCCCAAAAUGUCAGUGUGGAAGUCAUCAUGUUUGAGGUUAACAGAAGCGGCAUCAAAUCUGACAAGCAGAUAGAAUACAUCACUUUGCAAAGUGAGGAUACAGAAGGAUCUAAAAACGAUCCCAUAGAUGAACUGCUCAAGCUUGACACACACAAAAUUGCCACAGUUGAAAAGGCGCUCUUACACUUUAUCAAUAAGAACAUGACGCCAUUAAGGUUGCAGGUGUCUGACAUCGAGAAACAGUUUGCAGAUGGUGUGAUUCUGCUUUUGCUGAUUGGUGAGUUGGAGGGUUUCUUCAUUCCACUCUACGAGUUCUACCUCUCUCCUUCCAGCCACUCAGAGAUGCUUCAUAACGUCACUCUGGCUCUGGAUCUACUUAAUGACAAAGAAAUACAAGUACAGAAUGUUGACCCAGAAGAUAUUGUGUCCCAAGAUGUCCCAGCAACAUUGAAAGUACUCUAUGCCUUGUUUAAGAAACACAAGAACAAAUAAUCCUCUACUAGCCACAUCUACAGCCUCUGAUGAAAAUGAAAUGAAAGGUCAUGGGAUAAGCUUCUAAUCCACCUGGAGUGCAAUGUUGUGACUAAUAUACUUUAAGAAAUUGUGAAAGACACAGGCGUCUAGAUUUAAUAAAGGCAAGUGAACACUGGAUCACUCAGCACAUCACACAGAUUGGAUGUGGAUGGUGACAGAAUGUGACCACUUCCAUUUCUCUCUAAUUGAAUAGUUGACCUUGAGAUUCUCACUUGUCCUUAUUGACAGAAUGCAUUAUAGCUUCUGUCUCUCUUUCUCUCUCUCUCUCUCAUUCUCUCUCUCUCUCUCGCUCUCUCUCGCUCAAAUAAAUACAUUUCCAUCAAGAAA